ACCUCUGACGAGAUCACGUAUGACUUCGAAUCUCAUCUUUUUCAAUGAGAUCAAGCACCAGUCUCUCCGAGCAAAGAUAACAUCUAUUACGUGUGGCUCUUGGUGCUUCAGUUUCAAAAAAAGGGUAUUCCACCUAGCCUUACACGACAGACCAGGUCUUCAAACUGUACAAGAUGGCCAAGACUAAGAAGAAGAGCUCCAAGAACACGCGGCCUUACAAUGCGCUCUACGUGCUGAUAUUCGCCCUCGCCUCAGCGCUCGCUGCAUGGCUUAUGCGAAUCGAGACGGGGAUCAAGGGGAUACCGGUAGACUUUGUCGAGCUAGUCGAAGCGAAAACGUAUCCCAAUGGCACGCCGAUGCGCACGCGGUACACCGGCAUCGAGGUCGUGGAUAACGGCCUUUUAUUCCUUGUCGCCGCUUUCGCUGCCGGACCCCUCGACUGGGACCACGGCGUGCGGCUGCAUCAGAUGCAUUUCCUCGUGCAGUUCUUCGGCGUCAUCGCCGUUUGGAAUGUCGAGGCGUGUCGCGCGAAAAACUCGUGGAAGCUCGUGAGCUUCACCGGACUCUUCGUCCUCUUCUACCAGACCAUAGCCGGCGCAGCUAUCAUCCCGCUGUACUACCUCUCGUACGUAUUGAUCUCCAAAUCAGAUGCAUACUACACCACCGGGCGCAAGGUAUCCCUCCCCUACGCGCGCGGUCUGCUCUUCAGUAUCGCCGCCGGCUACCUUCUCCCCACUCUAGCCAUGUACACCCCUGGCCUCAGCACCUCCACUUUAGAGUUCCUCAUCUUCCUCUGGCAGCCGUCCCCGGGUUUCGUGAACAUCCUCCUGUUCACGUCCUCGCUGCUGCUCGCUGGCGGCGCCGCUUCCCCGCGCAACGCCAGAAACCCCGACGUCAAGCAUCUCAAGCGCGUGUAUGCCGCGGCCGCCCUCGUGUGCGCCGUCAACCACUUCGUGACGCUGUACGUCUGCGCGACCUCGGAGGAUCUGCAGCUCAGUUUCCAGUAUGUCUUCUGGCCGAGCCGCGAGGGGUGGAUGACCACUACGACUGCUGGUUUGCAUUAUAUCUUCCAGGUCGACUGGUGGGGCUGCUUCAUCCCCACGCUCCUGUGGGCUUGGAUCACUGUCUACGAUGUCCAUCGAGUGCUGUUGGGUGGUGCUAAUGUCGUCCAACUCGUGAAAUGGGCUGUCUAUAUCGUCGGCUUGACGCUUGCGCUAGGCCCGGGAGGUAUGCUUGCGGUUGUUUGGAGCUGGAGGGAGGAUCGUCUUGUCAUGAUUGAGUCGGGCAUACGAGGCACUACCCAAAAGCCCAAAACCGCUUGAGUAAAGCUCUUUGGGGUUUGCUACUUUAUCUUACCUCUCGAGUCAUUUCGCCGAGACAGUUAGGUGAUAUACAAUACGUACAAAUCAUGACCGCUAGAAGUCCAGAGGGCAAUCAUGAAACAUGGAUGGGGAAGACGGUAACUGGGCGAGAUGAAAAGUCCAAACAUCAAUUCAGUCACAUGUCAUAGAUUUCAACGCGGGAUAGAAGGGAAACGGCGUUUCUAGAAGGAGCAAAUAGACUCCAGCAUUGGGGACUCAAUGUAUUCAUACCCAUAAUCUUACAGCGCAAUGCAAGCAAACCUAGACCAA